AUGACUAUCAAGUGUGACGCAGGGAAGACAAUAAAAAUCACAUCGGCUUUAUAUGGUCGUAAAUCGAGGUUCGUGUGCUUACAUUUCAAAAUGUGGAAUGUAAAGUGUGAAUCCAAGUCUUCCAUGGUGAAGGUGAGAGAAGCGUGCGAUGGAAGGGAUACGUGCGUCCUCGCGGCCUCUAACUCAGUUUUCGGAGAUCCCUGUAGGGGAACAUACAAAUAUCUGACAGUCCAAUAUACAUGCAUUAACACUGAGGUGAAGAUUCGUACAGAAGUGCAGUGUGAAGGGAAGACGAUGACAAUCAAGUGUGACGCAGGGAAGACAAUAAAAAUCACAUCGGCUUUAUAUGGUCGUAAAUCGAGGUUCGUGUGCUUACAUUUCAAAAUGUGGAAUGUAAAGUGUGAAUCCAAGUCUUCCAUGGUGAAGGUGAGAGAAGCGUGCGAUGGAAGGGAUACGUGUGUCCUCGCGGCCUCUAACUCAGUUUUCGGAGAUCCCUGUAGGGGAACAUACAAAUAUCUGACAGUCCAAUAUACAUGCAUUAACACUGAAUGA